GAGUUGGACUUCUUUUUGCCCUCCAGGAACUGGUGUUCUCAGCAUCUCCAGAUGCUACUAUCCGGAUUUGGUCAGUGUCUGGCACUUCCUGUGUGCAGGUUGUACGAGCCCAUGAAAGUGCUGUCACAGGGCUGAGUCUUCAUGCAACUGGCGAUUAUCUUUUGAGCUCUUCUGAUGACCAGUAUUGGGCUUUCUCUGACAUCCAGACUGGCCGUGUUCUCACCAAAGUCACAGACGAAACUUCUGCCUGUGCUCUCACCUGUGCUCAGUUCCAUCCUGAUGGGCUUAUUUUUGGAACAGGAACAAUGGACUCCCAGAUUAAAAUCUGGGACUUAAAGGAACGGACUAAUGUCGCAAACUUCCCUGGACACUCUGGUCCCAUUACUAGCAUCGCCUUCUCUGAGAAUGGCUACUACUUGGCCACUGCUGCUGAUGAUUCCUCAGUCAAACUCUGGGAUCUCCGCAAGCUGAAGAAUUUCAAGACGCUGCAGCUGGAUAAUAACUUUGAGGUGAAGUCCCUCAUCUUUGAUCAGAGUGGUACCUAUCUGGCCCUGGGUGGUACUGAUGUCCAAGUAUUCAUCUGUAAACAAUGGACAGAAGUUCUUCAUUUCACAGAGCACAGUGGGCUGACAACAGGAGUAGCCUUCGGGCACCAUGCUAAGUUCCUCGCUUCCACAGGCAUGGACAGAAGCCUGAAAUUCUACAGCCUGUAACUUGUUUCUAGGAUGCAAAGCCGCUGGAUCCUAUUCCUUGCUGUAAUGAAAAACUAUGGGGUAAACAUGGGGUGUUGGACUGAUGGAACAUCGUGUACAUUAUAGCUGUUGAUGUCAGUUUUCUGUAGCAUGGAAAGUUGCUCUCAGUUUUAAAUAUAUUUGUUUUCCUCUCUGUGUUUGUUUCUUAGAUAAAUUUGUAACUGUAAGAAUACUUAGUCAGAACCGAUCCACUGCUGACUCUCUAGUAGGGAUAGUGGCAGAGAUGAGGAUGAAGAAAGGGAGGGGGAGAUGAGCAGAUUUUUGUAUGCUGCUCUCUAGUUUCAUUAAAAAAACUAUUCAACUAUAA